UAUUCUGAUUUCUUUAUUCUUAUCCCUUUAUAUGAAUUGGAACCGGAUUAAGGAUAAUAGCUUGGAAUAUAAUGGUAUAUUAACCGACAAAGGCUCGGGAUUAUUUGUUAAUACGACUGGUUGUCGCAUACUCGCGACGAAACCCUUGUCGGACAUAGCUAUUGCUUUCAUAAAGCCGUUCCAACCAGUUGUCUGCCCAAGGAUGCAGUUCUUAAAAGCCGAGACUAUCGGAGGUAGGAAUUUUUUGCUCCUAACAAUCUCAGAAUCUACACUUUUUUCAAUUUGUCGCGUCAAGAGCUGGAGACAUGUUUCCUGUAUGUAUCGGGAAUUUAUUAGAGUUCACGACUUCUUAAACAAGUACGUCUCCUCGCAUUAUUUUACACUAAAAGACCCAUUGAGGUACCUUGAGGUGGGAGCCGGCCACCAGAACAUCCGCAUCCGGUGUUGGGUUGACCUGGCCAGGAUAAUAUUUAAUGACGUUCUGUUUUUCGUACCCCCUCCAUCAAUGCCAUCGAACACAUCGACCUCUACCGCACGACUUUCAGUCAUGAUUCUGGGCCUCGACUCAAUAUCCCACAUGCACUAUCAACGACACUUUCACAAAGUGUCACAGUUUAUGGAUAAUGUGCCCCAUACCGAGUUUUGGGGCUACAAUCGUGUCGGCCGUAACUCGUACCCCAACCUGAUCCCUCUGCUAAGCGGUCAUUUCUUCUCAGAACUUGAAGUUUCUUGUUAUGCCGGAAGGCCAAGUUUCGACAAAUGUCAAUUCCUUUGGGAUGAUUUCAAGGCGGCUGGCUACUCAACUGUAUUUUGUGAGGAUAACGAAAGCAUUGGCACUUUUACAUAUAAUAAAAAGGGUUUUUUUAAGCAGCCCACCGAUUUCUAUUUGCGUCCAGUAAUGCUUGAGAUCGAUUUAUUUACAAGUUAUAAUACCGAUCAUAGCCUUGAGUGCUCCGGCCAUCGACUCUAUCAGGACAUAUAUUACGACUUUAUAUUUAAGAUAAUGACGCAUUUGCAACGUAGUCCUUUCUUCUCAUUUCUUUGGCACACCCAGGGCAUCCACGAUCACUUUAAUUAUGCCAAGCUGGUAGACGAAGACUACUUAAGAAUAUUGCGGCACCUGAAGAUGCUGGGUAUUAUGAACCACACAUUUAUUCUUGUAUUGGCCGAUCAUGGAUUCAGAAUGGAAGGAUUUCCGAAUACUGCCCAAGGCCAAAAAGAGAUUUCGCAACCUCUUCUUAUUGCCAUAUAUCCAGAAUGGCUUCCAAAGAGCUUCCCUCUUGCCAUUUCCAAUCUCGAGCAGAACUCUCGGAGUCUGAUCACGACAUAUGAUUUGCACGAAACCCUUAGGGAUUUAAUAAAUCUUGAUCAACUGACCGACAUUAACGUAGCAAAUCGAACGCAAAACUUGUCCAACAGUCGUGGAAUUAGCCUCUUUCUACCGAUUCCAAAGAGCAGAGACUGUCGCAGUGCUGCAAUUCCGCUUCAUUACUGCCUCUGUGAGGAACUAUUCUCGAUUCCCACCUAUGGAAGUGCUGUUCAAGAGGCUGCUCGAUUUGUAGUUGCUAAAAUUAACGAGCUUAUUGAGCCCUAUCCCCAGUGUCAGCGCCUGGAGCUUAAAAAAGUUCGCGCUGCGUUUUCCUCGCUUGGCGACACUGGACGAAGAAAUGAAAUGUCUCAAAUUAUGGUCCGCUUGAAGACAACCCCUGGCGAUGGUCACUUCGAUGCCACCAUUCUGAGGAAGUCACUUAAACUAGCUGGUGAGAGGUCUUUGAUAUUGGGAGGUCCCGUGACGAGGACCGACAAAUAUGGGCAUCAGUCCUUCUGCAUAAAAAAUCAUCGCAUCGAAAUGUAUUGCUUUUGCGUUUAAUAAA